AUGUCAGGCGAGAAGAAAAGUCGGGGUCGUCAAAAGAUCGAAAUGAAAAAAAUGAGCAAUAAGAGUAAUUUACAGGUGACUUUCUCAAAACGUCGUAGCGGACUCUUCAAAAAGGCUAGUGACCUUUGCAUCCUUUGUGGUGUAGAUGUUGCUCUUUUUGUAUUUUCACCUAGUGAAAAGGUAUUUUCUUUUGGUCACCCUAAUACUGAUGAAGUUAUAGAUCGUUAUCUCUCUCAGAUCGCACCCGAAAACAACAACACCAAGCAAUUCAUUAAGAUUCACCGCAAUGCUAACGUAUGUGAGCUUAAUGCUGAGCUGACUCAAGUCAACAAUAUGCUAGAUGCUGAAAAGAAGUUAGGUGAUCAACUGAUUCAAUUACGCAAAGCGUUCGAGGUUGAGUUUUGGUGGGCUUGUCCAAUUAACGGGAUGAAUAGGGUUCAAAUGGAAUUAUUCAAAAAUGCUUUGAAAGAGCUUAGGAGUCUUGUUGCACAACAUGUUAAUAGACUUAUAAUUCAAAGUGCUCAUACUCAAACUCUUCAAUUUUUUAUUGGCAAUACCUCAUCCUCUAACAUUAAUCUCCAUCACCUUCCAAAUCCUAAACAAGUUCAAAUGUUUCAACCAUAA